AAAUUUCCAAAGUAUCGACAGACAAUAUCGGGAAAAGUAUCGGUGUGCCGGUUACGCCGGUGUCGGAGCUAUUUCAAAGCGAAUGUGACUGCUCGGUUAAAUACGCAUAAGCAUCGCUAAUCGCGAACUCGUCCGGCCGAGCGGUCGCACGUUACUCGACUUCUCUCUCUUUUUCUCCGUCUUCUUUUUCUCCCCUUGCGCUUUUCUCGUCACGUAUUUCCUCUUCCACGUAGCGACCUUAACCCGCGCGCGUUUAGUCAUCCCCGUCGGGAUUUAUAAUUUUAUUACAUGACUCGGCUGCAUCGAUUCUCAGACUAUCGGCCGGCGGAGAGGAAUGACGGCCGAAGAGAUUUUCGAAUGAAAAGAUUUUCGAGCGUCGCUUCAAUACUCGACUUUAGCCGUCGAAAAAAAAACUCAGCAUCCUGUUUGCGAGUGAAAGUGUAGGAUGUCUUUUUUUCUUUUUAUCCUCGCAGUUUCGCUCGUUUUAUGUUCAAGAAGAAGUUGAGAAACUUUUUAAUUCUCCGUUGAAGAAUUGUGAGACAAGAAUAUUAAAUUGAGAGUUAAAUCAAUUUUAAUUAUCAAUCGAAGAAUGAAAAAUAAAUUCGUUUUUUUCAUCAAAGUUUGAAACUCGUUUUGCCUCGGUGUUUAUCGAUAUCUCGAUAAGGCCUUUCGUCUCUGCGGUUCAGACAAAGAGAAAAAGAGAGGGAGAAAUCAGUUGAAACUUUUCAAAUACGUUCUCUCAUUGAUCGCCGUCUGAGCGCGUUGGGCCGGGCGGAGAAAUAAAUUAAGUUAUUAACCGCGACACCAGCUGCGGGAACGAAACGUUGUUACCCAAUGAUAUACACUCGUACGCGUUUCGUUAUCUUCUCGCGCAUACACGCCUUGCGUUUAUCGACUCCGAGCUUUACGACGACUUUAACGAGUCCGUGCGGCUCGCCUGAACCGUUCGUUCUUCUUCUGAUUUAACCCGGCGCAAUGUAGUAACCCGGUUUCCUGGCGAUUACGCUCUGCUCGAUACUGAGUAUAGUACGCGUUCGACCAGCUCAACUAAUCAUACGGGAUCUUUCCUCCGCGCGCAACGUGCCUUGCUGAAUUAUACGCGUGACAAAUCGCGAAAUUUUUAAUAGAAAAUACAUUAUUUUCUAACGCUAUCGAUAGACGCGUACAAAAUUUCUGUGAAAAAUAUAUUUUAACGAUAAUUAUGCAAAUGGCACGCACAUUUAAUCGCGACAUUAGGGACGUCGGAAACUUGUCACUUCGUUAUCAGAAAGCAGGAGUCUGAGUUAGACGUCGGUAAACCGCAAGUGCCGAACUUGACGAUCACGCGAUGCGCAACUUCGAUAUAACAUUAUCUUCCCGACGCGGUUGUUGCGCGUUGCGAUGCAUCUCGGCAGAUUUUAUGAUUGCAGGCAUUACGCUAUUCUCUAAGUGCAUGCCGAUAGCGAUGUCUCAUUGGCGGUUACGCACAGCGCCAAUGAUACGUCGAGCUGUACGGCGCGGGGGCCGCGGCGGCCGCGGCGUUAUUACAAUCGCUGUUUGUUUCGCGGAACGCUUCGUUAUUUUCUGCCCGCGCGUAUGCAAUAUCGUCAGACCUUCGCGGCAGUCUCUAAUCAAGCAUAAAUUGCAGUCUGGCGCUGCAUGCGUACGGCGAAUUAUCAUCGUCACGCCAUUAACAGCAGAGCAAAUAGACGGGAGAUUAUUUAAUUCUUAAUCGAGGCUUACCGUCGUCGACAAAAAGAGGAUCGGGCGGGACGAUUUCUUAUUUGAUGUUUCAUCGAUGAUAAGGAUCGAUGAUGCAUAUUGAUCGGAAAUAAAUGCCGCUGCUUUUUUUCCUCGCCUAUUCGUAAUAACUAUUCGGUUUGUCGCCCGAAGCGACCUCGUCUUCGCUCUUCAAGGUGCGGAUAAUUGCACGCGCGCGAAGGAGCGCGGCCCUAUCUCUGUCUAAUCAGUCAUAGAUCGUGGCCCGAUGCGCGUGUACACGCGCUCCGCUCCGGCGAUCGUCACGCUAUUGGACGUGUUGCUGCUCGCCCGGAGGGAAAAAGAGGACUCGGGGGUGGAAGCGAGAGAGAGAAGACGGAAGGGGAAAGAGAGAGAGAGAGAGAGGGAGGGUGCAGUGAGUAACCACCGAAGUUAGUCGUCGCGAGCGAGCGAGCGAGAGAGGAAGACGAGGCUUAUCGAGGCAAGGUUAAAGAGAGAGAAAGAGGGACCAUUAACCGUUGGCCGUUGACCUCCCGGUCGGCGUGGGGGAGGGGAUGCACGAGGUGGUGGAAGAAAGGAGGCCACUGAAGUGGGGAUCGGCCGACCGAUCGAUCCUUCGCGCGUCUCAGAACUGUGCUGGCGAUCGCCAGGUGAUGAAUGGUCAGGCUUGUCGAUCGAUGGAUGGCUCCGGAGCGAUUUGUAAUUAACACGCUUCCGCGAUUCUUCUGAGAGUUCCGGAGGGUCGUUGGCCCUCCCCGUCUGCGAGACGCUCGCGGUGGAAAACCCUCGGCGGGUUAAUCGUUUAUUUUUGUUCUCUUUGUCGCAGCGUGCUAUUUUUCCCGAUAUAGUAAGCAUCGCUAUGUAAUUUUUUUUCAUCGUUGAAUUAUAAUUUUCCGUAUGUCGUUAUUUUAUCCGAACAAUUUACGAUGAAAUUGAAUCGUCGAUUCGCGUCGAAUCGCGUCCACACAAAAUCCAAUCCGAUAAUUCUAAAUAAGCGGUAAUUAGGAUAAUCAUGAAAUACGAUCUCGACUUGGUCACGACGAGAUAAUGAGAUCGUGUACUCGCGUUCGAGUCGCGAAAGCCGCGUGACAUUUUCGAUGGGAAAACCGCGCGCGCUUGCAUCGUGCGAUACCGUUCCGGCGUUGUUGAGAUCGCGCCACGCGAUCCCGUGUCCGAUCUGUCGCGAGCGGACGGGAACGGGUCAUGUUGAUUUUAAUGAGAUCGUAUGCGCCGGCCACGGUUCGCCGAAGCGGGCAUCCGCUUCUCUCUUUCUCUCGCUCGGUCUCUCGCCCGGAAUCCAGACGAAUCGUCAAUAUCGAUUUCCUGCUGUUCAUACGUUUGUGUGAUUCGACGGUGCACGAGAUUCAAUCCCCGGCUCUUGUGCGACAGCAGUUGCGUCACCUCGGCGAUAUUUGUACGGAGCGCAGUGUAAUACGAUUCCGGAAGUCAUUACCAGGCGAGGUUUCACCGGAUGGCGGUGGAACACGCGUACAACGGGAGGUGGGUUACGCCAGGAACAUGGUUUCCUGUUUUUUGGGCUCUUACAUGCAGAUCCCCGAAAUCGUGAGCUACGAUGCAGCCGAUAUAGCCAAAUUGUCGGACGUCAUCCGUCCCCUCCGGCCAGCGGAACGCCGGCACAAGGAAACCACAGAUACGUACGCCACCAAGUUUCCGGAUUACACAUUUCUGGAUUUGCGGUUGGAGUUUGAUCAAACCGUCUUCCGGAGCCGUUCGACGUUUUGCGUGGAAAUAAAGCCGAAGCAGGGAUACGUGCAAAAGGCGGAGCAGAGAAUCCCCCGAUGCCCGUAUUGUCUCAACCAGUACGCCAAGCUGCGGAAGAAGAACAUCGCCGCCCGCAGCAAUUAUUGUCCGUUGGACUUAUUUUCUGGAGUGGAAGCGCGCAUGAAAACCGCCGUGGAGGAACUUCUAAGAUCGCCGCAGAACAAUUUGAAGAUCUUUAAGGACGGCUUCGUUGUCUACGAUCAGGCGUCUUCGUCGGACGAUCUCGAGAGCGUGCUGAACGAAUGGUUUCGGAAUGCGGCGGCGACGAGCAGCAGCGUGCGGACUCGUCGCAUCGAUGAGUUCUGCAAUUUGGUAUGCGCCGCCCUUACGCGUCCUUUCGCCCAAGAGCAGCUGGAACGGCUCGCCGCCGCCCAUCCACGUAAUUUUCUCCUACCUUCGAAUCAAGUUCCGACGUUCUGCGCCGAACCGGGCGUGGUAGCAAGAGCGGAACGGUGCCUUCGCUUCGCGGAAAAGAGCUGCAAUUUCGAUGGCGACGAGUUGCCGGAAGACUCGGUGCUGGGACGAAUUUGGAAUAUGCAGCGGCUGUCUUACAUCAAUACUAAUUACAUUUACAACAUUUACUCCAAGUUUGCAUCGUUACUGGAUGAUGAUAUGAUAUACUCCGACUUGACGAGAUUCGACGAAGCUCGCGCUGGCACUGUUGUUUUAUCAGCUAAUCACACAAACGCAGUCAUCCAAAAGACGGCCAUAGAAGAAGUACAUUUUCAAAAGCUUCUUGAGGACACCGACGUGAUGACGAAAUACAGCGACGAUCUGAAUGGAAAUCAUGGCGGUUCAGAGUGUAUCUUAUCUGCUAAUGUCGACAGAACGAUCGUAAAUGGCAGUUUCGCAUCGCAAACAGAAAUUAGUCUCAACGAUUCGCGCCGACCAUUUUAUGUAAAUAGGAGUCUGCAUAAUCAGGAAGCCAACGACGACGGUGAUGAACGAAAGGCAAACACGCGGAUCACCGCCGAACAUUUGUCGGCGUUGCAAAAUUACCUUUUAUUUGCCAUAGCCAGAGAUUGUUCGAUAUUAAUGAGCUUCCGCGAAUUGCAUCCGGAAAACGUAACAAAAGUGCCAGAGGAAAAUACAAUUAAACUUUCGGAGCAGCUGUAUUUUCUAAGCAGCGUCAAAGUCUCCGAUUUGGACUCGAAAAGUGUUCACUCCAUUAAGAAGCAUCGACAACGAGACGUGGAUAUUUUUGAUUCUGUAAUUUCUUUAUUGGAAGACAAUAUUUUUGCGGAGAAUAGAUGAUUGUCCGAGAAACGAUGCCCGUAGCGAUACAGUAUUUGAUAUACGAUAAAACUCUAUUUAGGAAAGAAAGUAUACGUGCACUUAAUUGGUAAUAUGCUUAUUGAUAUGCGUACUGACUUCUUGUACAAAACUAUUUGUAUAGUCUUUGUGUGAAUGUGGAAAAAAUAUUGAUGCUAUCGUUCAUCAAUUAGUGUGUUAAAUGAAAAAUUUGCUUCUAUAUGAAUAAUAUGCUGGAUUAUACUAGAUGUUCAACGAACAAACAUAUCUUAUAUGCUAUGAAAUUUAUAUUUGACUUUAAUGGCUAUAA